UUAGUCCUCCAUACAAAAAAAGGUUUAUUUCGCGGACAUAUUUUGGAAGGAGUAAAUCCUCUCGCUUUGCCUCUUCCUCUCUGUCCAUGCUCCGCAUUCAGACGUAAAGUGAAAAGUAUGUAUGAUAGAUACUUCGAUGUGCAUGUGAUUUGCAUCCGGUCAUGUAAAAUUGUAAUUAUAGUGGCAAUGACUGCAGAAAAUAGUCCGCUAGAUUCGUUAUCGGUGAGUAGUUUAGCUAGCUAACCAGUUAAAUGUGUUUUAUAAAUCUCAAAACACUGCGUCUGGUUUCGAAUAGCGAUUCAUACAGUGUUAUAGAUGUGCAGUAGCAACAAGGAUCGUGUGAGAUGAACUUUAAAGAACAUUAUUUCACUUUGAAUCAAAUCUAAGUGAAAGACAAGCAGACUAAACGGAUGUGUAUACAAUAGCACAGCAGACUUCGUUGGUUUUCAGCUUCUGGUUUCACCCGCAUCCCUUUCGUUUGGUAUACAAAACACAGAGAAAAUGGCGGAAUUUGAGGACUAAGCACUGCCAAAACAAUGCAGGAGAAUCGAGAUGAAGAGGAGCCCCAAGAUACUGAUGACUAAGCCAAUCAAGAUGCAAGACAACGCAAGUUUUGAGGAAAAGCUCAUUGAAGAGGCAGAGGAGAUGGACACCUCAGAAGACCUGCAAGAUGACAACCUGAUCAAGCGGGACCACUUCCACAGUUCUAAUAAUGAGCAGCAAGAUGGACAUUUGGUAGUUAGGAGGAAUGUAAUAUUAGAACGAACAAAAUUCAACCAAAGACAACAGGAAGUAGGAGAGACAGCUGAUGAUUUUAUCUCUGCACUUCAUUGUUUGUCAGAACAUUGUGGUUAUGGAGCUCUGCUCAGUGAGAUGAUAAGAGACAGACUUGUCAUGGGAUUACAUGACAGAAGAUUGUCCGAGCAAUUACAAUUUGACCCAGAACUAACACUGGAUAAAGCUGUCACACGCAUUCGUCAAACUGAACUUGUGAAAAAGCCACAGGACCUGCCAGAGUAUACCUUCAAAGCUACCAGCAAUGCAGCAAAUGUAGAGAGUGUGCUUUCACAUAGCAAACAGCAAUUCCCAGCCAAUGUCCAGUGCCAAUCAGAGAAGAAUCAAAACUCAGAAAGAACACAACAACCUCAAACAACGCAGGAGAAAGAAGAGGAGCCCGUAGAUACUGAUGACUCUGAUGAUUGGAUCGAUGGUUUUAGUCCUGGAGGAGAGAAGCCACACUACUGCUUUGACUGCGGUAAGAGCUUUAGAAAAGUGAGGGAUCUUAUAAGACACCAGAGAUCACAUACUGGAGAGAAGCAUCACCACUGCCCGGUUUGCGACAGACGUUUUGCUCAAUUAGAUAAGCUUAAAUUACACAAAAAAAUGCAUAUGAAAGAGAAACAUGUCACACAGACGGAAGAAACUAAACUGAAGGUAGACCGUGUGCACACACAGCAAAGAACCACCAGCAGAGGCAGGCAGAAGACUAAAAUGCGUGCAGAAACACCAAGAAAAAUAGUCCAGUCACAGCCAGGAAAAGAAUUGUCUUGCAAAAGUUCAAUUAGAAAGAAUCAAUACUCAGAAAAACUGCAACAAACCCAAACAAUGCAGGAGAAUGAAGAGGAUCCUGAAGAUACUUCUGAUGACUGGACCGAGAGUUUCAGUACUGUAGAGAAGCCAUACAUCUGCUCCGACUGUGGUAAGAGCUUCAAACAAGCGAAUCGUCUUAUAAGACAUCAGCGAACACAUACAGGAGAGAAGCCUUACAACUGCCCUGACUGUGACAAAAGUUUUGCUCGAUUAGAUAAUCUUAAAUUACACCAAAAAACACACAUGAAGGAGGAACGUAAUUUCCACUGCUCUGACUGUGUGAAAAGCUUUGUCCGACUGAAGCAGCUUGAAAAACAUCAGCUAACACACAAGAAAAGUUUUGAAAGACACAGGAUACAUUUAAGCAAAAGAAAACAAUUUCUCUGCACAAUUUGCGGGAAGGAGUGUCGCAACAUGAAAAUACACAUGCGAAUACACACUGGCGAGACACCGUAUCACUGCACUGAGUGUGGGAAGAGUUUUCCAUAUACAAAAUCAUACCAAAGACAUAUACUAACACAUAAUACCUCUGGAGAAAGAGCAACCUAUCCUUGUUUGGAAUGUGGAAAGUGUUUUACUCGCAGAGAUGGCAUGUUGAGACACGUGAGGAGGAUUCAUACUGGAGAGAGAAAUCAUCAGUGCAAAGACUGUGGAAAGCGAUUCUUUCGAAAAGAGACACUGAAGAGACACAUGCUAGUUCACACUGGAGAGAAACCAUACCAAUGCUCUGUCUGUGGGCAACGCUUCUCCCAAGAUGGAGACAGAAAACGCCAUGAGAAGAGGCACUACUCUGGUGUCUCAAAUUUCCUCGAUUUAUAAUGCAGAAGUGGUGGAGGUACAGUAGCCUAGUGGUUAAGAGCAUUGGGCCAGUAACCGAAAAGGUUGCUGGUUCAAAUCCCCAAACUUACUAGGUGAAGAAUCUGUCGGUGCCCUUGAGUAAGGCACUUAAUCCUAAUGGUUCCUGUAAGUCGCCUUGAAUAAGAUGUCAUGUAAAUUGUGUUUGGCAUUGCAGGAAGUGGGAACCUACCUAAUCACUGUGAUUUGAUAAUCUAAUAAUCUGUUAACUACAAUGUUGGUGGCCUGGAAUUGGCACCACAGACUGUUGAAGACACUCAGACGGACUGUGUAUUACUGUCUUCAUAGCAGUAUUUAUUUUUUCAAAAUCAAGGGUUGUAACCAGUUCAGGGAACCGGACUUAAAACAUGGAAAAUAACUACAUUAUUUGAGUAACACUAACUGAAAACGAAAGAGAUCUAUACUGUUCCGGAACAGAACCAUUAUUUUAAAAGCAUGGGAACCAGUUAAUAACAUUAUUUAAAGUUUUCCAGUCCCACAAAAAUCGCAAACAAAGCCCAUAUGCAAAGCCCUCUGUCACUCAAACUUAUUCCAGCGCCUGCCUGCCAGUUGGAAGUCUUUGCCAGUGAGUGCGUGUGUGUUUUGGAGACCUGCCCCUCCCCUCUGAAGCAUAGGUUACUGUAGACUACUGAUGACGUAACAAGUGUAAUUAAAAAAAAAAUAGGCAGAGCUAUUUAAUACAAUUAUGGAUUGAUUUAUACAAUUGGUCAGAACAGUGGAGAAAAAAAGUAAUGUUCAGAACGAAAUGAUUGGACCCAUGUUUUUAAAUAUAUAUGUGUAUGUGUGUAUGUGUGUGUUCAAAUAGCAAUUAAAACAAUCUGUUCAAGGACAUAACGUUAAGUCUGAUAUAAUAUUAGCAAUUUUGGUGCCACGAUUACCAUUUUCCCAUUCACUAUAAUGAUGGAUCUUGUUUUCUGGAAACAGCCUGCAGUAAUGCCGUCGGCCUUGAACUUCGUGAGCAGGGUGCAAUUGCGGCCUGCAAUUCGGGGCGUUCGAACCCCUCUUUAUACUUCUAUUUGUAAGUUUUUAAGUUACGAGAGGCAGGGGCGCUCCAGUACAUUAGAUGGCAUUAAUGCACAAAAGCGUUGGAUGCCAGCCGCGGAUAAACCCCACAGAAGAAGGGAGGGGGCGACAAAGAUAGUCAGGGGACGACCGGUGGACAGUGUCCUUCGCCUCCACCUGUACUGUUAACGAUGGUCCCAAUCACAUUUCUGUUGAGUUCUGUUAACGACGGCGAGGGCAGGCGGGAGCGAAGGACACUGUCUACCGGUGUCGCUAGCUAGUAAGCAGGACUCCGGUAUACAGCAGGCCGCUCGCAAGCUAGCUGAGAUGCGAGGCGACCGGGGCACUGUACUUCACCCCAGCCUGUUGGGCACAGUUUUCCUGCAAUUCUGUUAACGGCAGUGAAGGCAGGCGGGACCCAAGGACACUUUUGGGCUUUCUAUACUCUGCAUUCAGACAGUGAAAACGUCUGUAAGCACUUUACAACGGUUAAACAUGCAUGUGAUUUGCAUAUCCAAUGUUUAUUUGACCUUGGUCACCACCAUACAGUUGCGCACACACACCAUAUAAGUAUUUUUGUGCACAAAGGAUGGACUUGUGGUUCUGAAAGGUAAGAACAAAUAAUGUGGUAACCUAUGCAAUAGGAAUAUCUACACAGGAAAGAAUGGCAUAGCAUCUAUAUAUUCACAUAACAGCAUACAUACAUAAACAUCUCGCAGAGAGCGAGAUAGCUAAUUACUUUACAGGCGAGAUUGAUGGCGAGCUCUGAUCUGUGACUGGUGCCACAGAGUAAUCAAUUUUACUGCGCAUGCGGGAGCGCUGACGACAGUCUGAAAGUUCUAGAAUCUCUGGCCAUGACUUAACACGAGCGUGACAUUUGAAAACGCAGCGCUAAAGUGCGCAUACAGACUAGAAAUUAACCGACUCUAAACAAUAACAUCUAAUGCAAAACACAUGAAAUACAAGCACUUAUAAACGACAUGGAGUAUCUGAAAUGUACAUAAACUGCAGCAGUACUAUACAGCUACAAAUGUAACAAUGUAAAUUACACAGGAGGUUGGUGGCACCUUAAUUGGGGAGGACAGACUUUUUGUAAUGGCUGGAGUGUAAUCAGUGGAAUGGUAUAAAAUAAAUCAAACACACGAGCUGUGUUCGAAUACCCAUACUAACAUACUUAAUGAAUAUAUACUACAUACUAUAUACUAUUAGUUCAUUUUAGUAUACUGUAAACGAACGGUAUGGUUUCAGUUGAGCGUACUAGAACUUCGUCUGUCUACCGGACGUUGAUGCAGUUGCUAUGCAACCUCUUGCUAGCUUGUUAGCAUAACAAAUGACUAGCUAACAUUUUAAGAAUCAGAGUAGAUAGCUAGAAUGAACAAUGUCCAUCGACACGCACAACGACUAUAGUACUUAGCAAAGAAUAAUGUCAAUAAUCAAGUCAAUAAACGUUGGGUAGUUGGUUAAUAUACUGCCAGGCAAGUUCGAUGUAUUAGUAGCCAACUAACGUUAGGUAGCUAGCUAACAUACCGGUACAUACUGCUGUAAUGCUAUGGCGUUCGUAAGGAUAGCGUAGCAAACAAAUUGUCAGGCAACAUAAUGUGUAAUCAUUACUUUAUUACAUUGCUCAACAUUUUCUUAAAAUUGUUCAUAAUUAGAUAAAGCAAUGAAUUUGUAUUUUGGUGUAUUUAGUACGACAUCCGGGAACUUUUGGCAUACUAACUAUGACCAAUAAGCAUACUAUAUCCUCAAUUCACAUCACAAAGAGUAUGGUUAGUGCAGUUAGUAUGAGUAUUCGAACACAGCUACGGUUUCCAUGUGUGUGAUGCCAUUCCAUUAUCUCCUUUGCAGACAUUAUUAAGAGCCGUCCUCCCCUCAGCAGCCUCCACCGAAUUAGGCCUCAGGUAAUUGCUUUCAGUCAAUCACCAUAACAUAGCAUUAACCCUCUCUAGACAAUAAACCCCACAACUCACUUAUUGGAUGCACAAACAAUCUUCCUCAAACACACUGAUAACCCUACCGGCAUCCAAACGUGCGUCUUCGUCUGCCGACAACAAUUCGGAUGACCAUCCUACCCAUGCUAGAUUAUGGAGACGUAAUUUAUAGAUCGGCAGGUAAGGGUGCUCUCGAGCGGCUAGAUGUUCUUUACCAUUCGGCCAUCAGAUUUGCCACCAAUAGGACACAUCACUGCACUCUAUACUCUUCUGUAAACUGCUCAUCUCUAUAUACCUGUUGCAAGACCCACUGGUUGAUGCUUAUUUAUAAAACACUCUUAGGCCUCACUCCCCCCUAUCUGAUAUACCUACUGCAGCUCCUCCACAUACAACACAUGUUCUGCCAGUCACAUUCUGUUAAAGGUCCCCAAAGCACACACAUCCCUGGGUCGCUCCUCUUUUCAGUUCUCUGCAGCUAGCGACUGGAACGAACUGCAACAAACACUCAAACUGGACACUUUCAUCUCAAUCUCUUCAUUCAAAGACUCAAUCAUGGACAGUUACUGAUAAUUGUGGCUGCUUUGAGUGAUGUAUUGUUGUCUCUACCUUGCCCUUUGUUGGGCACAGACAACAGCACAAUGUUUGUACCCUGUUUUGUGCUGCUACCAUGUUGUGUUGUUGUCAUGUUGUGUUCCUACCGUCAUGUGUUGCUGCAUUGCUAUGUUGUCAUCAAAGGUCUCUUUAUGUAGUGUUGUCUCUUCUAGGGUUGCACAUUUUGGGGAGUAUUCAGAGGUGGAAACUUUCUGUGGGAAUUAAGGGGAAUAUAUGCAAAUUAAUAUCAUUUAAAUGUAGAUGUUUUUUUGCAUUGGAUAUAUUUACCAUAUCGAGACAAACAUAAACCUUUUACCUUAUAAGUAGACAUAAUUGCAAAUGAUU